AUGGAGCAGGUUUUAGCCAAAAAGGCGGCCGAGCGACGUCGGGGCUCGGUUUUAAAUACCGUAAGGAUGUUUUCUGAUAUUGUCGCAAAGACCGAAGAAGAGCUGAAGAGAGACCCGGGUUCCGCCACUUACGUAGAACCAAAAUAUGAUAAGAAUUCGGAGGACUAUGGUCGACCGCCUCCAGGUAGCAAAACGGAAAGGCGUGGAAUUAAGGCAGGAUAUCACGUGUGUCGAGAGGUACUAUUUUUGAUGGAAAAGAUAGACGAAAAUGCGGAGGGAUUAGCGCCUCAUCGAUACGUGUCGUUUGGAAAGCUGUUCUAUACUUAUGCGUUGUAUUCUGACAAGUUGGUCGGUAUGCUGUUACGAGCCAGGAAAUACGGCCUAGUGACUUUUGAAGGAGAAAUGCUAUACCAGGGUCAAGACAAUCAAAAGCUUGUCGUGAUGAUGAUGUCAAUUGAAGAGAUACGAGAACGCUUGAAACCGACUGGUGACCCGAAAGCAUGCAUAACCCUGGUCCAGGGAAAUGCCGACUUA